UGAUUUUCCCUUCUCGUUGCCCUCAGUGUCGUCUCCUCAGUUCUCUGUCGCUGUCAACAAAAAUUCCUGCAUCGUUCUUUCGGUUUUCCUUCCUCACUACUCUUCCUUGUAGCGGGGGUGCUCGCUUGACAUUAUCUGGAUUUUUUUUGAGCUCCACUCCUCUUUUGCCUCCCACUAUAUUCCAGCUGAUCUCCACUGAUCCUCAGUGUCCUUGUUGCGAAAGAAGAUGGAUCUAAGAAUCUAACGAACUGGAGAGCCAGGACUGCUUCAUGGCUCUCCACGCUUCCGCUUCUUGCGCAGGAGGCCCGGCAUCAAUUUCCCGGCUAAGGUCCAGAAAUUCUUUCUCCUUUCCCAUGUCUUUCCGUGGGAGGCGAUGCAUCCGACAUGGCAUCUGCCCUUCUAUUGUUAGCUCGUGCUUUCCUCUCCCGGCUGGAAGAAGCCGAGAUUGUAUAAAAGCACUUUCAGCUGAUAAUGACCUUCCGUUGGAUAAUUCAUCUCUCGUUGUUUGCUUUGGAGAAAUGCUGAUCGAUUUUGUGCCAACCACAAGCGGACUAUCAUUGUCUGAGGCUUCGGCAUUCAAGAAAGCACCUGGAGGUGCUCCUGCUAACGUUGCUGUGGGCAUAGCUCGACUUGGCGGUCAAUCUGCUUUUAUUGGGAAGGUUGGUGAAGAUGAAUUUGGAUAUAUGCUAGCUGAUAUUUUGAAGAAAAACAACGUGAACAGUGAGGGAUUGCGCUUCGAUCCUGGUGCUAGAACGGCCUUGGCAUUUGUCACAUUGCGAAGUGAUGGAGAACGAGAAUUCAUGUUUUAUCGCAAUCCAAGUGCUGACAUGCUUCUAGAAGAAGGAGAGAUUGACUUUGAUAUUAUUAGAAAGGCAAAAAUCUUCCACUAUGGAUCUAUAAGUCUUAUCACAGAACCAUGCAAGUCUGCUCAUGUCGCAGCAGCUAAAACUGCUAAGGAUGCUGGGGUGCUUCUUUCCUAUGAUCCUAACUUGAGACUACCAUUAUGGCCUUCUGCAGAGAGUGCUAGAGAGGGAAUUCUUAGCAUAUGGGAUACUGCUGAUAUCAUAAAAGUAAGUGAAGAGGAAAUAUCUUUCUUGACAAGAGGAGAAAAUCCUUAUGAUGAUGGUGUCGUUCGUAAACUAUUCCAUCCUAAUCUGAAACUUAUGCUCGUCACUGAAGGUCCAAAUGGCUGCAGAUAUUAUUCGAAGGAUUUCAAUGGUAGAGUGCAUGGGUUAAAAGUAGAAACAAUUGAUACUACUGGGGCUGGGGAUGCUUUUGUUGCUGGAUUAUUGUCGCAAUUAGCCAAUGAUGUUUCUUUGCUCAAGGAUGAAGAUCGACUCAGAGAAGCUCUAAGAUAUGCCAAUGCAUGUGGAGCUCUUACAGUCACAGAAAGGGGAGCCAUUCCCGCUCUCCCAACCAGAGAAGCUGUACUGAAUGCUCUCGUCAAUGUCAUUGCUUAAGCUCUUAAGCUGCUACAUGAUCUGCUCUGGAGGCCCAUAUCUCUCUCUCAGAAAUCCAUCUGAAUUUCCAGAUUUUGUUACAGAUCCAAUGUGGGAUGCAUGUGUUUUAACUGAAAAUCUGGUGCUUAAUUUGUAUUAUUAAUUUUUUCUUUUUU